AUGAGCGCUGAUUUAGAGAAGAAACACCUGAUGGCAAAGAAAGCCGGUUCUCAAAGGAGGAAGUCCCUUGCAGAAAUACCACGCAGAAGUACAGUAUGGGACAAUCUUCAAAAGCAAACCACUUUCUUUAAUGACAUGCGGGAGUUUGCAGGAGAAACUAGUGCCCAUGGAGUGAAGUAUAUAUUUGAAAGUCCUCGGAAAAUAAUGAAAGCCAUGUUUCUGAUCCUGUGGACAUCAUUGACACUCUAUGCUGUUUUUACCAUCUGCACCAAGAUAAUGGUGUACAUGAAUAAGCCAACUGGCACCAAGUUUGAAGUUGUUGUCGAUGCCAACGUCGAGGAGAGAAAUCAGGGAAUUAAAUUUCCAACCAUUUCCGUCUGUUCUGUAAAUAAAGUCAAGAAAUCAUACCUUGAUGCUGAGGAAAACAAAAUGAUAAAGGAGUACUUCGAUAUUGUGGAUACUUACGAUACAUCUCUCCUCGAGAAUCUGAUUGAGAGGUUUGACGAUCCUGCGGAUGAAAUGUCCAGCAUCAGAAACCGAACUUACGAGAGUUUGUUGGAAGAUGGCGGGCCCAAUCCUAACAGAUUCACGAUGUGUCAACAAACAAAACAGUACUGUGAGCAGCUGGAUGAAUUUAAAGAAGGCCCUUAUCCUCAACAUUUUGCUAUGGAGAACUCGAAUACUGGCAAGUGCUGGAGGGUAAAUCCGAAAGGCAUGUUGAACGGGAAGAUGGGGGAUUACGGAGCUAUGAAGCUGUCGUUUUGGGCAGACGUCCAGGAUUACUCAGACCGGGCAGCAGAUACUGAAAAUCAUGGUUUUAUAGUGGCAUUUCAUGACAAUGAAACGUACGGUUCAACCAUGUUUUCUGGUUAUCUUAUGAGUCCCGGCACCUUUUACAAAGUGGACCUAAGACUCAAGAAGAUCACGAGGAAUAAAGAUAAGAUCGAGAGCUGUAACGCAUCUCUUACUGAAACUACAUACGGUAUUUACAGUGAGGGGGCGUGUGUAGCCGAAUGCAAGGAUAAGUCCAUGUUUGAGAAGUGUGGGUGUGUGCAGGUGGAACCCCCCGAGAACAAUGGUAAGUACAAGUCGUGUACUCUGGAGACCUGGGUUCGUUGUGGGCUUCCUCAUUACCGAGAGUGGUAUGCUAACUAUUCCAAUACAAAGCUAGCUAAAGCUAUUUGUCAUUGUGACAUUCCCUGCGAAGAGACAAAGUACGAAGCUGACCUAAGUUCUUCUUCUCUCUCGCCUGCCUUCGCCAGGACACUCCAUAGAAGUGUGGGAGCCAUCAUGUCAAAUCCAGCUUAUGGAUUCUCCAAUCCCGAGUUUAAUAUCUCGUACAAUUCUCCUCAAGAUGUUCUGGAGAAUCUGAUGGUCAUGGAGAUUCUAUUUACCAGUAUGCAGAAGUACGAGGUCAAUGAAGUAAUCACGUACGACCUUGGAAACCUCUUCGGUGACGUUGGGGGUGUUCUAGGACUGUUUCUCGGGGCUAGCUUCUUUACGAUUCUCGAAUUCCUGCUUUUCCUUUUUGUGAGUGUUGCGAAAUGUUGCUGUAAAGCAACAGGAUGGUGAGAUCGAGCGGACUAAGACUUAAUAGGAAGCGAUGCUUUAUGAAUAUAAAUAAUAUGACAUUUAGAUUGUGGAUAUGUUGACACAUGACAAGGAUUCAAUUCGCAUGAAAAUAAGUUAUAACAGAAAUAUUCUAGUUAUAUUAGUUAUGAGAAGGGUAUUUUUAUAGUGUUGUUGAAUAAAAAUGAGCUCGAACGUAUGAGCACAAUGACUACUUAAAUGAAAUAUGAUCUGUAAUAUAAAAUCUUUAAUUUAUAAUGCUGGAUCUAUUAUGCUAAAUCAUAAUCAUUAUGUGCUACGAUUUAUGUAGGUUCACAAUGGGAGAUGGCUCAAGUUAUCUUUAACUAUUCGAGCUAUGUAAGGUCAUAAGGAGUUCUAAUAAAUUGUGCAAUGCUUUUAACAGCAAUCAAAUAUUAUUCUAAAAGCGAUUUCCGGUUAUGCGGCGAAAAUGCAUGCUAUCUCUUGACGGUAAUCAUCAGUUGUCAUUAUUUUUGGGGACUAGAUCUAAUCGAUCUUGAGUUUAUAGUUUUGAUUGUCAUUUCGCAAUCUCAGAGGGCUUUUACCAGCAUAUAUUUGGGAUCUUAUUCAACAAAUAGGAUAUCAGUGAUACUAAAUAACAUGUGAAAUUGAUUCUUUAUUUGAUUUUAUCUUGAAAGUUUG